UUCUGGUUCCCCGAGUCACAGUUCGGCUGUGUACCGGGGAUCGUGCAAACUCGAGUUGGUUACACCGGCGGACAUAAGAUAAAUCCUACAUAUACCAGCUUGGGAGGGCACACGGAAACGCUUCAAGUUGAAUACGAUCCAAAGCAAACAAAUUACAGCAAUCUGUUGAAAGUGUUCUGGGAAGGACACGACUUUGCCACAAAACGUACCUCGCAGUACAAAUCUGCCAUUUUCUACCACAACCAAGAGCAGAAGCGACUGGCCGAGGAAAGUGCCAAAGAAGUGCAAAUGAAGUCGGGGAGACGCGUAGCAACAGAAAUCCUACCUGCAGAAGAUUUCUACGAUGCCGAAGAUUACCAUCAGAAAUAUAGAUUGCGUGGCUAUGGAAAGAUACUUCGCUUGUUACAGUUGAACGACCAGGAGUUGAAGGAUUCUCAAGUUGCUGCUCGCCUCAAUGGAUACCUGGGAGCGAAUGGCACCAAAGAGAAUUUUGAUGAAGAAGUAAAGGAACUAAAGAUUUCAUCAGAGGUUGCAAAUAUGGUACGAAAACUGGUGUUUUAGGUCGAACAGUAGGCUGUGAGGUUAGAUUUUGUAAACCUUCUCACUGAGAGCAUUUCCUAUGGGAAAUUGUGAAGUUUGUUUUAAGAUAUAGUUAAAACAGUUCAUUAAUGAAUAAUAUAGAAAUUGAGGUAUUUCUGGACUUAAUAUGGCCAUUAAGAAAUUGUUUCAGAAAUUUUCAAAGAGAAAAAAAAAAGGACAAAUUGUAACUGCCAUUUCUAAUGCUUUAAAUUAUAGAAAAAAUGCUGUAAAAGGUUCACUGAUAUAAAAUUUUUUUUGAUGAACAAGCUUUCGGGUGUCUGUCUACAGCCUUCGACAGGCUAUAAAAGAAAUAAUGAAUGGGAUGUAACACUAUAUAAAUACAUAAAUAAAAAAGCAGAAAUAAAGUAAUAUGAUGCAUGAAAUGCAUGUGGAAUUGCAGUUACUUUUGUCUUCAUACGUUGAACUGUGUUCAUAUUUUGUGCCAUGCUCUCAGUGAAAUGUAGAUAAGGUAAGGUAGAGAUUUGGGAGCAAAUAUUAAGGUAAAAAGAUUAAUUUAUGAUAAACUAGAGCUAUUGUAGAUUUCUGUAAUCAGGAACUCGGUCAUAUAUUUAACACAAGUGUUGUGUAAAAUUAGCUUAUGAAGCUCCAAAAUGAAACCUUCAAAGUUUUGGAGUGGAUGAAGGAGCUAUGUUUCAACUGUUCUAAAAUUUGCACGCUUAUUUGUCAUCGCUUAUAGAGUUUAUUUAGGCUCAAAUUCAAAAUAAUGUAUUGUAUAGUAAAUACAGAUAUAUUAGAAA